GCUAAAGUUGUUUAUCGAUUGCUGAAUUUUUUUAUGUCUUCUCAAAUUUGAGAGCUGGAUGCAAAAACAUUUAAAUUUCGAGAUGCAAAGCCUUUCCAGUUUUGGUAAGCAUAAAAAGCGAGAAAGGUCAAUAAAAAGGUACCGGGAUCUCUGAGCAAUCACAUAAAGUGUCAAAACUUAUAUCCAACAACCAGUUUAAUGCAGAUGAUACACAUUAGAGAACCCCUAUCAAAUAAUCUAAAUUGAGAUCCAUAACAGUUAUAAGAAGC